AAGUAAAGCCGGCGUGUUUUUUUAUCCGCGGUGAUGUAGCCACCGAGGCUAGCAGCAGCAGCGAGGUACAGCCGUAGACAAAACCCUAGUUUCACACCGCAGAUAUGAUUCCUUCAGAAUAUUUUGAGGCGUAAUCGUUGAUUAUAAAACCCCACACCAGGGAGGGAACACUAGCUGAAACAACAGCAAGCUAAGUAGCAUGCUGGACGUGGGGAAGUGGCCAGUGUUUGCACUCCUUCCUCCUGAGGAACUGCGACUUAUCCGGCAAGCUUGUGUCUUUGGCAGCGCUGCUAAUGAAGCUCUCUAUGUCACAGUUAAUGAUGAGGUUUUUGCUUUAGGCACCAACUGCAGUGGCUGUUUGGGGCUCGGAGAUCUUCAAAGCACUAUUGAGCCACGGAGGAUUGAUGUUUUGUGUGGAAAGAAGAUUGUGUCCCUAAGCUAUGGAACAGGACCACAUGUGGUUAUCGCUACUGCAGAUGGUGAGGUCUUUGCCUGGGGUCAUAAUGGCUACAGCCAACUGGGAAAUGGGACAACUAACCAUGGAUUGACCCCUUCCCUGGUGUCCACCAACCUCCUGAGCAAGAGAGUGACAGAAGUAGCCUGUGGUUCCCACCACACCAUUGCUCUCACCGGUGAUGGAGAGGUGUUCGCUUGGGGUUACAACAACUCAGGCCAAGUAGGUUCGGGGUCUACUGCGAAUCAGCCAACACCGCGGCGGGUUAGCAGCUGCCUGCAGAACAAAGUGGUGGUCAACAUAGCCUGCGGCCAACUCUGCUCUAUGGCUGUUCUCGACAACGGAGAGAUCUAUGGUUGGGGCUACAAUUGCAAUGGACAGCUAGGUCUGGGCAACAAUGGAAAUCAGCAGACGCCGUGCAGGAUCGCUGCCCUGCAAGGCAUCAACGUAGUCCAGGUAGCUUGUGGAUAUGCACACACUCUGGCUCUUACAGAUGAGGGGUUUGUUUAUGCCUGGGGAGCCAAUUCCUAUGGACAGCUGGGAACUGGCAAUAAAAGUAACCAAGCGGUCCCCACUCUAAUAAAUACAGACAAAGAGAGGAUGGUGGAGGUGGCGGCAUGUCACACCAGCCACACGUCAGCGGCCAAGACGCAGAGCGGUCAGGUCCUGAUGUGGGGUCAGUGCCGAGGUCAGGCCGUGUCCAGUCCUCACCUCACGCAUUUCAGCAGCACAGACGACGUGUUCGCCUGCUUCGCCACGCCGGCCGUCACGUGGCACCUCCUGUCAGUAGAUGGAGACGACUACCUGACUGUUGCCCAGUCUUUGAAGAAGGAGUUUGACAGUCCAGAGAUUUCCGACCUGAAGUUCUUGGUGGAUGGAAAAUGCAUCCAUGUUCACAAAGCCCUGCUGAAGAUCAGGUGUGAGCACUUCCGUGCAUUGUUGAACGAAACGGACGAAGAUGCCAUUGAAAUCCACCAGUUCUCCUACCUGGUGUACAGAGCCUUUCUGGAGUAUCUCUACACAGAUACCAUUAACCUGCCACCAGAGGAUGCUAUUGGGCUGCUGGACUUGGCUACGUUCUACAGAGAGACAAGACUAAAAAGGUUGUGUCAGGAAACAAUCAAGCGGGGCAUUUCUGAAGAGAAUGCCGUCACUCUGCUCUCUGCCGCCGUCAAGUAUGAGGCGCGGGACCUGGAGGAGUUCUGCUUCAAGUUUUGCGUCAACCACCUUACAGCUGUCACGCAGACCCUGGCCUUUGCAGAAAUGGAUCAUGACCUGCUCAAGAACUUCAUUAGUAAAGCCAGUCGCUACGGGGCCUUCAAAAACUGACUAGAGAAGCCCCCACGGUGAGGGAUUCGAGACGACGUGAACUAAUCCCACAGAGGAGAGCCGGGCAGAGUAAACAGAGGCCCAGUCAGCUUCUUCAAAGACUCGUCCGAGGGGAUGUGAACGCUGAAGAGGCCGAUGGUUUACGGUUUCACCCGCUAGCCGAUGCUCUGGUGUGACUGCUCUAAACCUUGUCCAAACACUUUGGAGUGGGGCUUAAACAUUGGGAUACACCGUCUGUCCAGUAAGAAGCAGACGGUGAAGAGGCUGAACGAGAACAUGUGCCACAGUAGUUAGACGAUUUUAUUUUUCUUCUGCAUCCAAGGCUGGUUUCUGUUACAGCGCCUGUCAUGUUUGACCAGCUUAGACGUCAGGUUAUCAGAAGCAAAGUAUUCAGCUAUGAAUUAAGCCUUCACAUUGAUUUAACUUUUUUUGUAUAACCCAACCUAGCUCUUAUUGGCCUAUUAUAGAUAUUAAGUGAUUAUAAAAUAUUAAAAAGAUGUAAAAAUAAAGAACGAAGCAGGGCUACUUCUUUCACUCGCUGCAGCGGAUCAUUAUGUUCCACAUAUUGAUCAGAAUAAGUUUUACUUCAGAUGCCAUUCCUGACGUCUCAGUGUCUCAGUGUAUCCGGACUUGGGACCGGCAUCAUGGGACCACGCUGGCUUGUGACCGCUUAGCAUCUGGGAUGAAGCAAAAAUGUAUGCUUGGACUAAUUUAAAAAAUGGUGUCGUCAAGUAAACGACAGAGCAAAGCAAGGUCUCUUGUUUACAAUCCUUUUAGGCACAUGUAGCUCAGCACAGCCAAGCAGAUUAGAGGUGCACAGUUGAGCAGUGUCCUCUCAAUAAAUACCUUUCUAGUCUAUUAAAUAAAUUGCUGAAGCAUUAAUAAACACUGACUUAAUCUAUUCUGGCCUCUGUGUAACAGUGUUUUAUUUGGAUGUCUGUGUUCUCCUGCUUUCUAGGCUGAGGAGGCAAACAUCCACGCUGCUCUUCUGACUCCACUGCAACAUGCACACCUAUUUUUGUUUCCGAAUAGUUUGUGUCUUAUUCAUGUUAAUCUCACACGUAGUGAAUGUGUUUUUUUUGCCACUUUCGUUUUAUGUACUCACCCGUUGCUCGUAUGGGAUCCAAACCUGUGGUAACUGCUUGGUAUCUGUGUUGACUAACUUUUGGAUCGCAGUAGGAGCUUGACUCAUACCCUCAUGUUGAUUCCUGUGUUUCCCCUCGGUGCAGCCGUUUUGUUUUUUUCCACUUUAAUUUCCUUGGUAUGUUUACAGCUUUUUUUUGGUUUGUUUUUAUUAAUAUUUUGCUUACCUCAUUGGCAGCAUUUGGUUUCUUUUUACAAGUAUUUCUUUAUAUGUCUCCCCUGAUAGCACCUUGUGGUGAUGAAAUAAUGUCAUCUUAGUGAAAUUGCCAACAGAUUGCAUUUCAGUCUCUUACUGGCCCACAAGGCAUUUAAAUCUCAGCUUGUUAAAUCAGUCUAAACAGAAUGUAACUAAAAGCUUACGUACUAUUAAUUUAACAAGCCAUUUAGAACAUUUCUGGUGCAUUUUUUUUUUCUUGAUAAUUACUCAAAAUUUCCACUGUGUACUUAUUUUCUAUAGGAAAACGAAAGUGCUGUGAGCUGCUGUAAGUGGCACGAAUAAAUAUUUGACAAUGUCAUGUAGAUGUAUUGAAAUAAAAAGAAAAAACUUUCAAAACA